CUCUAACUCUGCAAGUCUCAGCACAUAAUUACAAUGGGGGAGAACCUGAGCCCUCUCCUUGCUCUGUUCUGUGUUACUGCCUUCUUUGCCUACAUUUCAGUGGAGGUCUCAGCAACCACAAUAGCUCUCUACAACAAAUGUACACACCCAGUAUGGCCAGGAAUCCAACCCGGUGCAGGGAAACCCAUUCUUGCAAGAGGUGGGUUUAAGCUAAAUCCCAAGCAAGCCUACUCCCUCCAAGUCGCUGCAGGUUGGUCAGGCCGCAUUUGGGGUCGCCAUGAAUGUUCCUUCGACGCCUCCAGCAGAGGUAGCAGUGCCACCGGUGACUGUGGUGGUUCUCUCCACUGCAAUGGCCUAGGAGGAGUACCCCCUGCAACCCUUGCAGAGAUAACACUUGGAGAAGAGGAUUUCUAUGAUGUAAGCCUUGUUGAUGGCUACAACCUUGCCGUCUCCAUCACCCCAUUUAGGGGAAAAGGGAAAUGUAGCCGUGCGGGUUGUAUUAGUGACCUUAACGCAAUGUGCCCAGCUGGGUUGCAGGUGAAAUCUCAUGACAACAAGGUUGUGGCUUGCAAAACCCUUGGGGAACUCCCGCCUAGAGCCACAAAAGCUCUCCGACCGAUGAAUCCUCUCACCACUAUAGGAAAUCUGAGGUGA